CACUCAAAACUCUUGUGUUAUGUUGGUAAAAACAAGACGGCUACAAUUUACUAUUCACUAAAUUUUUAAAAUUCAAUACAAAUUUCAUUUUUUCUAAAAAUUGGUCUGGAUUGCAAUGCAUAUUUUAAUUUACUUCGUUCCAACACAUUUAGAUUAAUGAGGGGUUUGUUUCUCUCAUUGUACCCAGUGCAAAUUGUUUGUAUUUCUUCACCAUUCGUAUUCGUUCAUAUUUUCAACAAAACAAUCAAAUCCAAGUCCUGCAAAUUUGUUGAAAAUGGAGACGGGAGAAUUUGCCCCAGGUCGUAAACCAACACGAUGUCCAAGUCCUGAUAUUGCAGACGAAAUGUAUCAACUGGCUCAAAAACGAUCGGCCAGAUUGAAAGAAAAACGUCCACCCGUCGAAGAUAAUAAUCGCUCAGUUGUGGAUGGUCCGGAAAGUGAGUCAAAAGAUCAGGCUGGAGUGGACUGGAGUCAGGGCUAUGAAAAUUUACCACAAGAAAUUCCGACACCGCAACCGGUGGUGGGAGGAGGAGGAAGAGGGAAGCGAGGGCGAGGAAGGGGGCGCGGUGGGCGUGGAAAACGAGGCGGACGGGGACGUGGAAGAGGAAAAAGCAGUAAUCAGAGUGAAAGCCAAGUCUUACAGGAGGACUCUGUCGAUCAGAUUGAACAUACCGUGAAAGGACUGGCUCUGUCUUCUUCCUCAUCUGCAGACAAUACGAUACUUAUUAAGGAGGAGCCAUAUUUUGAAAGGAUGGAUGUCGCUGAACAAAGUCUCGACCAUAAACCGAUUCAGGAAGGCGGUUUGAACAAGGAAACAGAAGAUUUGGCCAGGAUUUUUACUUUUAAAGAAGAAUCAUAUCAACCUGGAUUUAUACCGGGUUUAGAUUUUUCUGCGGAAGGUUCUACUAGCUAUUUACCUGCCGCGAGUUCUGAUAUUAAACCCGUGUCCGAAAUUGUGUCCGAAAUCACGGAUGAUUUUUUCAUCCCUGACGAUGACAGCGGUAGGGUUAGACGUAGUUCAAGAAUAAAAUCUCUCGAAGGACAAAAAGGGCGUGGAAGAAGGAGGGAAGUCGUGUUUUCGUCAGCAUCAUCUAUCGAUUCGACUUUAAGUAAAAGUCUCCCAAAUCUAAAUGAUGAAGAUUCAAACUCGUACCAUGGAGUGUCUAGUGCAUUCGACGGUGGCGUAUCUCCAAAUGACUCAAUUUCUUCGGGGAUUUCGUCUUUCGGUCUUCCAUCCACCUUGGGUUUACCUGCUGCAAAAUUGGACGACGGACAAAACUCAAAGCCGUUCAAAGUCAAGUCUCGAUGGCGUUAUUCAGCUGAUGCAGAGUCUAUGAAAUCUCUAUCCAUGGAGUCACUACAGUUGAAUAGUAGUGUCACCACCAAUGAUGCUGACAAAGAAUCAUCCGGACCAAUCGAGGAUGAGUUUGUGCCAUCACGAGAUCUUAUAAAGAAACAAGGACAUUUGACAUACAAUAAAUAUGAUGUUGAAUUGGUCGACAAACUCAAAAAAUUUCAAGGGAUCGAGGAUAGUAUAUUUCGUAAAGAAAGGAAGAUUAGUAAAGAAAGUAAAGGAAUGGUAUGCGACUGUUUUCUGACUACAGAAGACAUUGAGCGUGGAGAACAUGGGUGUAUAGAGGACUGCUUAAAUCGAUUAUUGAUGGUGGAAUGCGGUCCGAGAUGUCCAACCGGAGAGAGCUGCAUGAAUAAAAAGUUUCAGCGUAAACAAUAUGCAACCUUAGAAGUGUUCAAAACGGAGAAAAAGGGUCAUGGACUUCGAACUCUUCAGCUAAUCCCAGAAGGUGGGUUUGUAAUCGAAUAUGUAGGAGAAGUUUUGGAUCCAUUUCAAUUUGAGAGUCGUACAAAAGAAUAUGCCAAAGGGAACCAGGAACAUUUUUAUUUCAUGGCGUUAAAAGCAGAUUCCAUUAUAGAUGCAACAUUGAAAGGAAAUUGUUCGAGAUUUAUAAACCACAGCUGUGAACCAAAUUGUGAAACACAAAAGUGGACUGUGAAUGGAGAGCUACGAAUAGGAUUUUUUACGUUGCGGGAUUUAAAACCAGGUGAAGAAAUUGUAUUCGAUUAUCAGUUUCAGCGCUAUGGUAAAAAAGCGCAGCGAUGCUAUUGUGGAACUCAAAGUUGUAGAGGUUGGAUUGGAGAAGAGGAUGAUGACGACGCGGAGUAUGAUGAUAAGGAAACUGAUGUGGCUGAGGCUGAGGUACGGAGUCCAGAUGAAGACACCGAAGCACUUGAAAUUGAAAAGGCAGAGAAAAAGAAGAGACGAGCUCAACUUGCAGCUGAACGCAAGCAAAGAAAAGAUGCUAGAAUUCGAAUUUUGGAAGAUGCUGCCUUGGAGGAAGAGUUGAGCCAAUUAGAAAGAAGUGGACUGAAAAACCGAACCCAUACUCUUACCUUAAGUCGAUUGAUGGUUAGGGCUGAAAAAUGGGAUGACAGGGAACGUAUUCUGAACAUACUAAUUAAUGGAGAUCCGGCAUGCCGUAGAUUAUUUUUGGAUUAUAGAGGUUUGAAACUAAUGUAUAACUGGAUGAUCAACCUUCCUUUACCGGUCGAAAAUAUCUCAACCCAAGUCAUUAAAAGUGAAGAAUAUCAUCUUCUGUUCUUGAAAACAUUGGCAUCUUUAUCAAUUCCUAACAAGACUAUGCUGCUGGACAGCAAAAUUUUGUCACUUAUGGACACGUGGUCUAAUACUCCCAACAGGACGCUUGUUGAAAUUGCGCCAGUUCCCCCAGACGUACAGAAUCAGCAACCGACAGAUUCGGCAACUGAUUUAACUACUACCUUACCUGAUACUUCUAACUCGUCUAUCGAAAAUGAAACUAUACUGCCAGUUGCACUCAAAGAAGAGCCAGAUAAAAUGGAAGUGGAUGAGAUCUAUAAAAAUCCUGCUGAAGAUUGUGGAGUGAAACCAAUGGAAGAAGACGCAAAAUAUGAAGAAAAGUAUAAUAUUUGGAGUUUUCAAAAUAUUGCUCAGACAUUGAUAACAUCUUGGGCAUAUCUCAAAGAAGUUUUUAGAAUUCCCAAAAAAGAGCGAGUUGAACAAAUGAAAGAACAUGAACGCGAAGCUGACAAGGGUUCAUCUCCUCUUCCUACUACGGAUUCUAUCAGCAGCUACUCAUAUGAUCAAGGUCGAUCCAAAUGGGGCACGAAUAGAAAUGGGAGAGAUCGACGACUUCCUACAACAGAGUCCCUUUACCGUGGUCAACCGAGAAUUAAGGAUCUAUAUCCCCAUUUGUCUAAAGAACAAAAGCGUAAAUUGUUUGCUCAGAAAGUGGCUCAAGAAGAAGAAGAUAUGAGACAGCGACGGAUGCAGGAUGAAAUGAUUAUUAUGCACCAGCAUCGCUGCAAUGCCCUGGGAUUAGACCCGAGUACUACACCUGUGGUGGAUAUUAGUGGUCACUAUUAUCUCGACCCUAGUAGUAUACAAUGGCUGCGGAUCAUCCCACAUGAUCCAGGCCUCCCACCUGGAAUUCAACAAAUGUUGAAUGCUGCAAAGGCCAAAGAAACUAUUCAAGUGCCCCCAGAACCGGCAGAAUCCGAAUAUGUUUUCCCCCCAUGGCCAGAAGGUUUGCCACCUCCUCCUCCACUACCACCAGCAUCUUUGCCAGAUGGAUGGAAAAUGGCAGUAGACGAUGAAGGACGCUGUUAUUACUACCACCAUAAAGUUCAACAGGCUCAAUGGACCCCUCCAACAGCCGAAGACUGUCAAAGAAUUAUGAUAGAAUCAAGUGAAUCGUCAGACUCUGAAGCAAUAGAGGAGGAGGAGGAAGACACUUCUGAUAAUGUAAAACAUACACCACCACCAAGCAAAUCUGUCUCCACAUUAAGGACUAGAUUGCAUGAGCGUGCAAAAAGGCGAAAAAAUGCUGGUUUAGUACAAGAAAGAAUUAUAAGUCCUAGAACAGAGGAUGAUAAAUCGACCAUAAGCAAAGCUGUUAUCCGAGCAAGGAAACUUGAAGUUUUGGAAGAAAAACGACAAAAAGCUGUGGAGGACGCUCAGAAAUCAUAUCAAACUGAAGAUGAUGACGACAACAAUUCUGUGGGACUAGAAGACAAUGCUGAAAACUUGGAGUCGAGCGAUGAAAUGAUCAAAACCCCUUCCCCAAAGCUUACAAUCCCUUCGAAUGCCGAGUUGUCCCUUUCAAUCUCAGGCGAUGACGACGAUGACUCAGAUGAUAUUCAUGCCUCGUCUUCUCCAAUUGAAACAGAAUUGGAUAUUUCUUUGGCAUCCAUUGUUGACGAUAAUUACGGAUCGCCAACUGCACCAGAAGACAAUAUGAUUAUGAUUCCAGGACUUGAUCCCAUUUUAGAUCGUGUUUCUACUCCCUCCACGCCAUCUUCAUCAUCUGCCCCACCGGUUGUUGGUGUCAAAAAGGAACGAAGCUCUAAGCAUGAGCGAAAGCAAAAAACGAUGGCAUAUAAAAAGAUUGCGUCUGACAAAAGUAAAGAACAGUUUCGUAGUCAAAUUGCAAAUGUUGUUGUUACACACUUGAACCCUUACAAAAAGCCAGACUGUAAAACGGGAAGAAUCGUAUCAACCGAAGAUUUUAAGCAUCUAGCUCGAAAGAUGACGCAUGCCAUCUUACUCAAAGAAUUAAAACACUCUCGGGGAAACAAACCUCUUGAAGUUACUGACGGAGUAAAACAAAAGACAAAAGAGUAUGUUAAAAAGUUCAUGGGAAGGUUUGGAAACUCGAACUACAUUCCGUCCCCAGAGGAUAGUAGUCAAAAAUAAAGUUGAUCUAGUUAUAGUGACGAAAGAAAUAACCAAUUUUAAGUUUUUUUCUUCUUGUUGGACUUAUUGUGUCAAUGUUAUCCAUAUAUGUAUGUACAUAGAUCUUUUUUAAAAUUAUAAAUGUAAUAUUUUCUUGACUUGUGACAGGAAGCUGAAAAUAAAAUAUUUUAACAAUCAG